AAUAGCAGCUAACAGACAAUCUGUCAAUAUAAUCACAGAGUGGUAAUUUUUUUUUCGGAAAACGUUGAAAAAUGCAGUUUUUUGCUGUAAAACACACGGAAUCUUUAUGAAACGUUGUGAAUAUACCAUAUUAAGCUUAUCGUGUCCACUUGAGUUGCAAUGCUGGAAGAUUUUUUAUUCUGUAUCACUUCUGUUCCGAAUAAUAUGUGUGUUGGUGUUCCGCCCUGUACCCCCUGCUGACGAUGAUGUGCAUGAUGGAGAAAAAUGUUCUUAUAGAAUGAUGGAACAAGUAAGCCGGUUAGCAAGAGGCAACAGCGGCAAGGAGACAAGGCUAUCAAUUUAUUAUUUUGCGUACCAAAAGUGAAGAAGAAAUAUUGGAAGUUGUGUGUGGGAUAGAACUCAUAUAGAGAGCGUAGUUGGUGGAAAUAAUCUGCCUAAAGAAGAAACGUGUACUAAAUCAUGGCCAACCGAAACGAGACCGACCUGGAACAACAAUUUCUGGCUGAUCUUGAAAAGGCCAAAGCAUUAAGCUUGGAAACGUUGGAAUUGGAAAAAAUUCGUAAACUGCGUUAUUCGCACCCAGAUCGUUCGGUUUAUUCCGAAGCAAAAACACUAGAAGAGUAUAAAAACUAUAUUCAGCGGAAAGCUCAGCUUCAUCAGGGAGUAACUCAUACGAAUAAAAAUAUAUCAGCUCCUUCGGCACCCCAGCGUAAUAACCUAGAAUUGCGUCCUGCUGCUACAGGGGCUCAUGAAUCUGGUGGAAAGGAUGAGGCCGAUUUAAUUUCGUUCAACGCUCCUCCACAGCCUCCAAAUCCACAGGACGAAGCGCACAAUAAUCUCAAGGAGCUUGUCGACCAAAUGCAUCGUUUGAAUACGCACAAUAGUUCAUUUGAGCAUAGUUUCAAGACUCAACGUAGUAUGAGCAUGUCAUCAGCAACUGCAUUCGGUGCUUAUAGUGCAACAUAUCUCCAGCAACAGGUGGCGCAGAAUUACAAUCCAGCAACAAUGCAGCUUGUACCAUACACACAACCCACAACGAAACCGAAAGUGCUUACUCCAGAUGAAUUAAAUCGUUUGUAUAACAUGCCAACGUAUGGUACUGUGCCGGUUGGACCACAUCAGCCGGGGUUCGUUCCACAGCCUCAAUACCCGGUCGUGAAAUAUCCUCAAUAUCCAGCAACAUAUACGGCCAAUGCUCAAAGCGUUGUCGGGCCUACCUCGAGUAUCAUUUCUCAACCGAUCGCAACACCCGUUCUUCCGCCGACGGGUGGUUUCAUUCCGCAUACAUCAAUAAGUGCUACUACCUCAGUGAUAUCUCAAACACCACCGGUAGUAAAUCCGGAAUCUGCCCUGGUUCCUAUUCCAAAGCCAGUCAGUUCCAAACUUGGACUCGGUAAUCGCACGACAUCACAGUCGCAUAAGUCAUUUCCGCCUGCCAUUCCGGGACCAUCGAAUGGAAAUCUUUUCGCGCGAAAUUCAACCGGUAGUAGCGACGGUCCCACGGCUAGCAUCUCGAACAAUAAUGAAGUGACUCUGCGCCCGAAAAGUGAUCCAACACGACUAGGCGACAACCUAAUCGAUUUGGGAUUCGAGGACAGCUCGCGGGUUUCCGUACUGGAGGCGUUUGAUCCGUUACUGUGUGGCAAUCGGAGCAGCUCCGGAAGUGAUGAUAAAGAUGAAACUGGCUCUACCUACUACGAGGACUACGAUCCGUUCGACUACAUCUACAGCGGAGGGACGCAGUACUCGGAUCCAGUCUACGACGCCGUUAACCGAUCGGACAAGACUCCCCUGUCACCGAACAGUAUCGGAUCUGGAGCUCCACCGUCCAUCGGGUGGAACGUUUCAAGUGCAUACGGUUUCGGAGAACCGGAUCAAGACAUCGAUCCUCCACCACCGCUGCCGCCACGAAACACCGAAUUGUAUCAGUCGAUGACCGGUGAUGGAGGCACCAUCUCCGGCAACUAUGAAAUCAUGCAGCGGAGAAUCGUGGAGAGACCAUCAUUCCCAACCAAAUUGUACGAGAAUGUGGUCAUCAGGAAAAGUUACGACAAGGAGCUGAUUGCGUUCUACAACAUGGUUAAACAGGUGCGAGCACAAUAUCGCUACGAUCAGCCGCAGACCAACGUCGGUCACGUGGUGGCAUCCGAAUUCGACAAUCACUACCCGGAGGGAACCAGCAUCAAAAUGCUUGUCCAUCCGUCGUUGGAUUGUUUCCAAUCGUAUGAUAGCAGUAAUAAGGGUCAGAUCGAUGGCUAUGGUCCUCCGAUUCCAUUUACCUGUGAUAUUGCAACCUCGGUAGAGCACGUGAUCGCUCAGGUUUUCUACGCGCUCGAAGGGCAGGUGUUGAAUGGCGUCAGCGAUUAUACGCUGAAGGCGAUCGGUAUUCAGGAGAUCCUUGGAACGCGAUCCAGAUUGAAUCAGUUAGAAUGUGUGCACAACAGUAUCAAGUUGGAACACGACGUCCAGCUCGGUUUUAUACCGAAGACGCCUAGAAUCAUGCAGAGCAUUGCACGAACCGUUCAGGAUGAUGUACGCGAUGCGGAAAUCAAGCUCGAACAUAUUCUGCCCAAAGAACCCACAUCGGCGAUCAGUUACGAUGAUUUGAUGAUUCUGCUGGAGACUCUGGAAGCGGAGAUCGAAAAGUUACAGUCCACGGUCGAUGAUAACAGUCCCCACACGAUUUUGAGUUGUUCUGGGGUUAUUCAGGCAGUGAAAGCAAUCUGCAAUAUGCUCGGUACGAUUGACACGUUGGAUAUAACCAAAUCAAUAGAUGAUUUGAAAUUGUGUUGUGACACCGGGCAAACGGUUUACAGUUACAAUGAUUCAUCGGAAUACAGUAACGGAAGCUUAAGUAUAUUGUCGGAGAGUGGGGAUUAUGCCGAGGUGAAAUUGCGCCCAAGAACGAUCAGUCAACAGAUUCGGUACCGAUGUAAUGAAGUUCGGAACGCCAUCCAGAGUCUGUUGGAAAUUUAUUCGCACGCUUUCCGUGUCAAUUUCUGCGUUAAUGUUCAGGAAUGGAAUACUGCUCCUAUUGCUAUUUGCAAUAUUUCACAGUGCGUGAUGGUGAAUGUGAUGUGUCUACACCGGCCACCCAUUCAUUGGCGUCACGAUGAGUAUAAUUUAGGUGUACAGAUUUAUCACGGUGCACGGUAUAUUAGCGAAGCGGUUGUGACGUACUGUUCCAAUGAAAUCAGUGGGAUUUAUCCCAGGUUGAAGUUCAAUUCGUGGAUUAUGUUUCGGAAUCAGGUUUGUACUUUGCCCAGAGAAUCAAGACUAAUCUUUGUGUUGUAUGGAGUUACGCGAGAACCAGUAGAAGGAGACAAGCAGGAGGGUGCUUCGAACUCCGACGGGCCUGCCCAAGAAGGUAGGGUUACAAAGGUCGAACUAGGCUGGUCGUCAAUUCAAUUCUUUGAUUUCGAACGGAAAAUGAUUCAAGGAUCGUACUUGCUGUCUCUAUGGCCACCGACAGCAGAGAAAUAUUUUGGGCCAGCUCCCGCAAAAGGAACCCACCCGUUGGGAACCGCUUACCCAAUAUUGGGUAUUGAAAUUCCAAGCUAUGGGGGAUCGGUAGUUUUUCCUGAACCAAUUAAAAACCUUCCACAAUGGGCAAAACUCGACUUCAACAGUUUGGAUCGCAACUUACAGCAAGAGCUAAUCGAUACCGCCGAACAGGGUUACUCUGCGGAUAAGCUGGAGAAGCGCGAGGUCCUUUGGGAGAAGCGUCACUAUCUGCACACAUUGCCUCAUGCCUUACCGAAGAUAUUACACGCAGCUCACAGUUGGGAUUAUGCUUGCAUUGCUGAUCAUCACGCCUUACUGAAAUCCUGGUCGAGUCUAACUCCGGUUCAGGCAUUGGAAUUACUUUUACCACGUUAUCCUGAUCUGGAGGUUCGGCGACAAGCCGUUGAAUGGAUUUCACUCAUGCCAAAUGACCAAUUUGGAGAUUUCCUUCCACAAUUGUUACAAGCCUUAAAACAUGACACAUACGAAGCAUCACCAUUAGCGAAUCUACUGCUACAGAAAGCACUGGAAUCGCCCCGAAUAGCUCAUCACAUGUACUGGCUGCUACUUCACAGUUUACCCGGCGAAGCUCCUCAGAACAUGAUCGAAAUGGGUCAGCUAGAUGAAACGCUCGUCAUUCAAGCUCGCUAUCAUCGGAGAAAUCAGUUGAUGUUGCGAGCUCUGAUGGCAACCUGCGGUGAGAAGCUAACCGCACGCUUCCUUUCCCAGAACAUGAUGUGCAAAAUGCUUGGGGAGGUUGCUCAAAGCGUUAAACUGGCCAAAGAAUCCCAUCGACUGCAGAUGCUCAAACAAGGGCUGGAAUCGGUCAAUCAAAUAUUGAUUGACAAUCCAACCGUUCUGCCACUGGGACCAGGGAAUGAGGUCACCGGUGUGGUUGUCCGUAGCUGUAAUUACUUUAACUCGAAUACCCUUCCGCUGAAAAUUAAUUUUAUGGGCCCUGACAAGGUAAUAGUACCCGCUAUCUUCAAGAGUGGUGAUGAUCUACAGCAGGACAUGUUAACUAUUCAGAUGGUUCGGAUAAUGGAUAAGUUAUGGCUUCGCGAAGGUCUCGAUUUAAAGAUGGUCACUUUUAACUGUGUUCCCACCAGCUACAAAAAAGGAAUGAUAGAAAUGGUAUCGGAUUCGGAAACGCUACGAAAAAUACAGGUCGAAUGGGGUCUGACCGGGUCCUUCAAAGACAAAUCGAUCGCCGAGUGGCUAGCCAAGCAGAACCCUAGUCAAUUAGAGUAUCAACGGGCUGUGGAGAAUUUUACGCGUUCUUGUGCUGGCUACUCGGUGGCCACCUACAUUCUUGGUAUUUGUGAUAGGCAUAAUGACAACAUUAUGCUCAAAACUUCCGGACAUUUGUUCCAUAUAGAUUUCGGCAAAUUCCUAGGCGAUGCACAAAUGUUUGGUAAUUUUAAGAGAGAUCGUACUCCUUUCGUCCUCACGUCGGACAUGGCGUUUGUGAUAAACGGUAGCGAAAGGCCCUCGGCAAAGUUUCACAAAUUUGUGGAUCUCUGUUGCACUGCAUUUAAUAUUGUACGUAAGCAUGGUGAUCUGAUACUGCACAUGUUUGCCCUGAUGACAACGUCCGGUAUUCCGGGAGUGACGGUAGAAGCGGUCAACUAUGUCCGGAACGCUCUGCUACCCGGACAGUCAAAUCCGGAGGCGGCCGCUUCGUUUGCGAAAAUGAUUCACAUCUCCCUGAAAUCCUGGUUCACGCAAUUCAAUUUUUUCCUGCAUAACAUUGCACAGAUGAAGUUUUCCACCGAGAACGAUGACGGGGAACUGCUGAGCUUCGUGCCAAGGGUAUACACCAUGGCCCAGGACGGACGUCUGAAGUCAGUCACCGUGCAUGGUUACCAGAAGCGGUACGAUCUGGAAAAGUAUUACACCUACAUCCUGAAGGUGACCCGUCAAAACCAGCCGGACCCGGCCUACCUCUUCCGAUCCUACAAGGAAUUCUGCGAGUUCCAUCAGAAGCUCUGUAUUCAUUUCCCACUGGCCAAACUUCACAGCUUACCAUCCGGGAUUCACGUUGGCCGAUCGAACGUAAAAACAGUAGCCGAGCGUCGUCUUCCAGAAAUUCGUCAGUUUUUAAUUUCCCUGUUCAAUGCGGCGGACGAAAUUGCACAUUCCGAUUUAGUUUAUACGUUCUUCCAUCCUUUGCUUCGCGAUCAACAGGAAGCCGAUAUCCAUGCGGCCAAAGUGAAAGGUCAUCGAGCAAUUGUCGACGAGUACCAGCAGCCCCGCGGUGAGAUUAAGUUCUCGUUGCAGUACCAUAGGGACACGUUGAUUGUGAUGAUACAGCAUGCUCGAUCGUUGCCAGCCACACCGAACAAUCCGGAACCGAACACCUACGUGAAGGUGUAUCUGCGACCCGACCAGUCCAAGGCCACCAAGCGUAAAACCAAGGUGGUGCGGAAAAACUGUAAUCCUAGUUUUAUGGAAACUCUCGAAUAUCGAUUGCCGCUGGAAUUCAUUCACAAGAAAACGCUGGAGGUGACGGUGUGGUCCCACGAUUCACUGCAGGAAAAUGCAUUCCUUGGGGGCUAUCGGUUGGUACUGGCGGAGCUGGAUUUGCGGCACGAAAUCAACGAGUGGUUCCCACUGAGCUAUCUGCCACGGACGUAGCCGUAGUAGUUACUGAUCGUAUUAGAAAUUUGAAACGUUCUACACAAAUUUUAUUGCAUUGCUACAUAUUUUUCUGUUUUACAAGAUACGACCGAUCAUGUAUUUUCGUAUAUAUUUUUUUAUCAUUUACAAAAGUGUUAAAUUAAGGUUCCUAACCUUCUGCGCAACGUCGCAAAGAGCGAAUUAAACAAAAAAAAAGUAUAUUUUCUUGCUACUGCUACACAAGCUAUUGAAACGUAUUAUCAUUACUGCUAACACUUAACACAGAGGGUUGUAUUAUUAUAUUCUUCUGGGAAUCGUUCCCUGGUUUCUAACUUGUAAUAAUAACAUUGAUCAAAUCAAUUGAAUACAAAUAGUAUGCUUAAAAAGUUGGUACACGUUAUUGUCAAUGUUCGAUAAUUGUGAUAGCAAAGAAUAGAUUCGUAAAGCACACGAUCAGUAGGGCCAGUACGACGAGCCAACCGGAAUAGCAUCGAGUGUUGCCGGAUGUUUUGCAUGCAUUGCCACAGAGCUUUAUGUGUUUAUGGUAUUGUUGUUUGGCGAUGUUUCCGGGUACGGAUACUCUUCCAGGAUUAUUAUAUACUUAUUUGAAAAUUGUAUUUAUUUAGUGGAUGAUCAAAUCACAGAAAAAAGGGGAAAUGGUACAACGUUUACCUGAGAAAUAUAUCAGCAUUUCAUAUUGCGAAAAUCUUGUAGGGAA